AUGGCGGCGGCGCUGGGGGGAGAUGGGGGCGGCGGCACGUCGGCAAGGGGCGGCGGUAAGGGGCGGCGCUGGCGGCGGCCGGCCGACGGCGGCACUGGAUCCGUGGGGGAGAUGGGGGACGGGGGUUGGGGGGAGGCUGGGAGAUCGAGAGAUGCGAGUGUGCGGCGUCUGCGGCCGACUGAGGGAGAGUGGGAGUCUGGGAGAUUGAGAUACCUGCCCUCCGACAAGGCGCAGGACGCCAGGCUCUACAUCCUCAGCCUCCAGUUCUGGCUCGGCGGCUCGCCGGACAACCUCCAGAACUUCCUCAAGAUGAUCGCCGGCUCAUACGUGCCGGCGCUCAAGGCCGCCGGCGGCAUCAAGUACGACGACCCCGUGCUCUACCUCGAUGCCGGCAUCUGGCACCCGCUCGCGCCCACCAUGUACGAGGACGUCAAGGAGUACCUCAACUGGUACGGCACGCGCCGGGACGCCAACGACAAGCUCAAGGACCCCGACGCGCCCGUCAUCGGACUCGUCCUGCAGAGGAGCCACAUUGUCACCGGGGAUGACGGCCACUACGUCGCAGUCAUCAUGGAGCUCGAGGCCAUGGGCGCCAAGGUCAUACCAAUCUUCGCCGGCGGCCUCGACUUCUCCGGGCCCGUGCAGCGCUACCUCGUCGACCCGAUCACCGGCAAGCCGUUCGUCAACGCCGUGGUGUCGCUCACCGGGUUCGCGCUCGUCGGCGGGCCGGCCAGGCAGGACCACCCCAAGGCAAUCGCCGCGCUGCAGAAGCUCGACGUGCCGUACAUCGUCGCGCUCCCGCUCGUGUUCCAGACCACGGAGGAGUGGCUCAACAGCACCUUGGGGCUGCACCCCAUCCAAGUGGCGCUGCAGGUCGCGCUGCCGGAGCUUGACGGAGGGAUGGAGCCCAUCGUGUUCGCCGGCAGGGACCCCAGGACAGGGAAAUCACAUGCACUGCACAAAAGGGUGGAGCAGCUCUGCACCAGAGCAAUCAGAUGGGCUAAACUCAAGAGGAAAACUAAGGAGGAGAAGAAACUGGCAAUCACUGUUUUCAGCUUCCCACCAGACAAAGGCAACGUUGGGACUGCAGCAUAUCUGAAUGUGUUCAGCUCCAUUUACUCUGUCCUCUCAGACCUCAAGAAGGACGGCUACAACGUUGAGGGCCUUCCAGACACACCUGAAGCCCUCAUCGAGGAGGUGAUCCAUGACAAGGAGGCCCAGUUCAACAGUCCGAAUCUCAAUGUCGCUUACCGCAUGAAUGUGCGGGAGUACCAGUCUCUCACUUCCUAUGCCUCCUUGCUGGAGGAGAACUGGGGCAAGCCACCUGGGAACCUCAACUCUGAUGGUGAAAACCUCCUUGUCUAUGGGAAGCAGUAUGGCAAUGUCUUCAUAGGUGUGCAGCCCACUUUUGGGUAUGAAGGUGACCCGAUGCGGCUUCUGUUCUCAAAGUCUGCCAGCCCUCACCAUGGCUUUGCAGCAUACUACACCUUUGUUGAGAAGAUCUUCCAGGCUGAUGCUGUUCUCCACUUCGGCACACAUGGAUCCCUCGAGUUCAUGCCGGGCAAACAGGUUGGGAUGAGUGAUACCUGCUACCCUGACAGUCUCAUUGGCAACAUCCCCAACAUCUACUACUAUGCAGCAAACAACCCAUCAGAGGCAACCGUCGCCAAGCGCCGGAGCUAUGCAAACACCAUCAGCUACCUGACACCACCAGCUGAGAAUGCCGGUCUCUACAAGGGGCUCAAGCAGCUGUCAGAGCUCAUCUCUUCUUACCAGUCUCUCAAGGACACAGGGCGUGGUCCUCAGAUUGUGAGCUCAAUCAUCAGCACUGCUAAACAGUGUAACCUUGACAAGGAUGUCCCGUUGCCUGAGGAAGGCGAGGAGCUCCCACCGAAGGAGCGGGACCUUAUUGUUGGGAAGGUGUAUGCGAAGAUCAUGGAGAUAGAAUCACGGCUCCUGCCGUGUGGUCUGCAUGUGAUCGGUGAGCCACCAAGUGCUAUUGAGGCUGUGGCCACAUUGGUGAACAUUGCCGCCCUUGACCGCCCAGAAGAGGGCAUAAGCUCACUGCCCAGCAUACUUGCUGCAACAGUGGGCAGGGACAUUGAAGAUGUGUACAGGGGAAGUGACAAGGGCAUACUGGCUGAUGUUGAGCUUCUGAGGCAGAUAACUGAAGCUUCUCGUGGUGCCAUCACUAGCUUUGUUGAGAAGACCACAAACAGCAAAGGGCAAGUCGUAAAUGUCACUAACAAUCUCAGUAACAUUCUUGGCUUUGGUCUCUCAGAACCAUGGGUGCAGUACUUGUCCACGACCAAGUUCAUCAGGGCAGACAGAGAGAAGCUGAGGGUCUUAUUUGGAUUCUUGGGGGAGUGCUUAAAACUCAUUGUGCAAGACAAUGAGCUGGGCAGCUUGAAGCUUGCCCUUGAGGGAAGCUAUGUUGAGCCUGGCCCUGGCGGUGAUCCGAUCCGUAACCCGAAGGUUCUCCCAACAGGGAAGAACAUCCAUGCCCUUGACCCACAGUCCAUCCCAACUGCAGCUGCCCUGAAGAGUGCCAAGAUCGUUGUUGACCGUCUGCUGGAGAGGCAAAAGGCUGACAAUGGUGGCAAGUAUCCUGAGACAGUUGCACUUGUCUUGUGGGGCACCGAUAACAUCAAGACCUAUGGUGAGUCAUUGGCCCAGGUGCUGUGGAUGAUUGGUGUCCGGCCAGUGGCUGACACCUUCGGCCGUGUCAACCGUGUGGAGCCUGUCAGCCUUGAGGAGCUUGGACGUCCAAGGAUUGACGUCGUCGUCAAUUGCUCGGGUGUCUUCAGGGAUCUCUUCAUCAACCAGAUGAACCUGUUGGACCGCGCAGUGAAGAUGGUCGCUGAACUAGAUGAGCCAGUAGAGAUGAACUAUGUGCGCAAGCAUGCCCAGGAGCAGGCAGAGGAGCUGGGUGUCCCACUAAGAGAGGCAGCAACAAGGGUGUUCUCAAAUGCAUCAGGGUCCUACUCGUCAAAUGUGAAUUUGGCAGUGGAGAAUGCAUCAUGGACCGAUGAGAAGCAGCUCCAGGACAUGUACCUGAGCCGCAAGUCCUUUGCAUUCGACAGUGACGCUCCAGGGGCAGGCAUGAAGGAGAAGCGCAAGGCAUUUGAGCUUGCUCUGGCAACUGCAGAUGCCACAUUCCAGAACCUCGACUCGUCGGAGAUCUCACUGACAGAUGUGAGCCACUACUUCGACUCGGACCCAACAAAGCUGGUGCAAGGGCUGCGGAAGGAUGGACGGGCACCUGCCUCUUACAUAGCAGAUACAACCACAGCAAAUGCACAGGUGAGAACACUGUCGGAGACGGUGCGUCUUGAUGCAAGGACAAAGCUACUGAACCCAAAGUGGUAUGAGGGGAUGAUGAAGAGCGGCUAUGAGGGAGUUAGAGAGAUCGAGAAGCGGCUCACAAACACUGUUGGGUGGAGUGCAACAUCCGGACAAGUUGACAACUGGGUUUAUGAGGAGGCAAAUUCCACAUUCAUUGAAGAUGAGGCGAUGAGGAAGAGGCUCAUGGAGACCAACCCCAACUCAUUCAGGAAGCUGGUCCAGACCUUCCUAGAAGCCAGCGGCAGAGGCUAUUGGGAGACAUCAGAGGAGAAUUUGGAAAAGCUCAGGGAGCUCUACUCAGAGGUUGAAGACAAGAUUGAGGGCAUUGACCGGUAAAUUGGUUUGCCCGAUGGAUCAGUUCCAGCAUUCCACCAAAUAGAAGCUCGGAGCUCUUCUGUCUCACUGAGUUGAGACACUUGUAGAAUGUGUGGUUUAUAUAAAGUCGUAACAUGUAAUAAUACAGGAGGAUACAAUGCUUAACAGAGAGGGUGGCCGUGAGCCCGUGAUUGGAAAAAAAGAAGAGGAAAGCAUGAGUUGAACAAAUGAAGUUGUUUUGUGUAGAGAGUUUCUUUUUUGUUCUCACUUGCUCAUUCAUCGAGGACGAAUAUAUAUCAGCCUCAACAUGACCUGGCUUUUGAAAUC